AUGAACGUUCCGCUCCUCCACCUAACUUGGAAACCGCCUACGAUCAGUCAACUUCCACGUUGGGUACAUGAACAGGUCGUACCCAUCGAAGGGAGUAACAUCGCUUUGCCCAAGGACGAGUCAAGUAUUGCUGUCAAAUCUGAGGGUAUUCCAUCAACCAGCACACUAGAACAAGGACAAGCUGUUGAGGUUGUCCAGGGGAUCGUCAAGCCUACUGAGGAAAGUAAAGUAGAAUUGAAAUCCGUAGAGAUUACUGCUGAACCUGCUGAAGUAGCGGCUGUCGAGGCUGUACAAGAAACGGCCAAGCCUGCUGAGGAGAGCGACGUAGAAUUUACAUCCUCAGUUGUCGAUACUGAACCUGCUGAGGUAGCAGCUGACGAGAGUGACCAGAAGAUAGCCGAAACGACAAAAAAAGAUCAAGUGAAAUCUAAGACUGCCAAAAGCUUGGACAUCUCAGCCGAGGAAAAAUCUGUUUAUAGCACUGCUGAAAAAGCAGUCAAGUCUGGCGAUGAAAUCAAAGUAGGAUCUGAAUCCGAAAGCUUGAAAGCUCCUGCAGGUCGCUCUACGUUCGGUGCCACCCCAACCCCAUUUCAAUCUAAUUUUGGCACUCUUAACGGACCUGGCUUUGACAAUGGCUUAUACCGCUCUCCUCUUGCCGGCCAGUCCUACUAUUCAUCUGGCUUCGGUGCACUCCCCGGUUAUACUUCUGGCUUCAAUAAUUUUGGCCAAAACAGAUAUGACCCGGCGUUCAAUCGCGGCUUUGGAUCCUUCGGUUUUGGUGCCAAGGAAUCAACCAAGUCUUCUGACACGCCUAAGGUAGAUGUCAAGUCCGUCAGCAGCGAAGCUUCCGCAGAUGCCGCCACGGCAGCCGUAAAAUCCGCUGUCGCAGACAAUUCGCCUGCCAAGGCACCUGGCAGUAAUUCCGAAGCAGCCGCUGCUGGUGUUACGUCUCCCUUCCAAACCAAGCUCAGCUCACCCGUUCAGCCUGGUUUUGGAUCUGGCUACCGUUCUCCCUUCGGAGGCCAAUCCUAUUAUCCGUCUACCUUCGGCGCAGUCUCCGGUCCUACCCCGACCUUCAAUAAUUUUGGCCAAAACAGAUAUGACCCAGCGUUCAAUCGCGGGUUUGGACCUUCCGGUUUUGGCCAAUCCUAUUAUCCGUCUACCUUUGGCGCAGUCUCCGGUCCUACCCCGACCUUCAAUAAUUUUGGCCAAAACAGAUAUGACCCGGCGUUCAAUCGCGGCUUUGGAUCCUUCGGUUUUGGUGCCCAGGAAUCAACCAAGUCUUCUGACACGCCUAAGGUAGAUGUCAAGUCCGUCAGCAGCGAAGCUUCCGCAGAUGCCGCCACGGCAGCCGUAAAAUCCGCUGUCGCAGACGAUUCGCCUGCCAAGGCACCUGGCAGUAAUUCCGAAGCAGCCACUGCUGGUGUUACGUCUCCCUUCCAAACCAAGCUCAGCUCACCCGUUCAGCCUGGUUUUGGAUCUGGCUACCGUUCUCCCUUCGGAGGCCAAUCCUAUUAUCCAUCUACCUUCGGCGCAGUCUCCGGUCCUACCCCGACCUUCAAUAAUUUUGGCCAAAACAGAUAUGACCCGGCUUUCAAUCGCGGGUUUGGAUCCUUCGGUUUUGGUGCCAAGGAAUCAACCAAGUCUUCUGAAACUGCUAAGGUAGAGGCCAAGGUCGUCAGCAGCGAAACUUUGACAGGUACUGCCAAAACUGCCGCAGAAACAGCUCCUGUGAAAGACAAUGCUGCACCGACUGGAGUACAAACCGCUGAUACUAGCAAAUCAACUGAGGCAUAUACUCCCAACAAGGACAACUCGCCAGCUCAAGUACCUGCGAGCGAUACCGCAAAAUUCACAGUAGAAUCUGAUCUUGUCCCCAACUCCCCGAUCGACGGAGUAGCAAACAGUGGUGCUGCCGUGCAAUCCGUUCCUGUCACGAGUGAUUCGUCUGCUAACGUACUGUCCAGUGGAGUUAGCAAAGCUGCCGUGCAAUCCACUCCUUUUAAAGACUAUGGUGCCAGUCUGACCGCAAGCAGUGUUGGGGCUUCCUUACAAUCCAAUACCGACUCUUCACUGAAAUCACCGGUGGCUACUGCAGCGCCCUCCAGUAAUUUCGGCGAGGUUUCCAUAGAAGCCGCACCCGCCAAAGAAAAUUCCAUUGCCAAAGUUGCUUCCAAUGAAGCCAGUACAGCCACGAACAACGUCGCCACACCUUUCCAUUCAAAAUUCGGCUCUGCCGACGGAUCUGCGUUCGGUUCCAACUAUCGACCAGCCUUUUACAAUCCAACCCCCUAUGGUGCAGCUCCCGGCUACAACCGUGAAUUUAACACGUUCGGAUACAACAAGUACAACCCAACUGCGUAUCCAGGCUACAGCUCCACUCAAUUCGGUGCCCAAGGACCAGUCAAGUCCGCUGAUGCACCUGCUACAGUAGCCAAACCAGUAGGCAGCGAAGUCGUUUCAGCACCUUCUAAGGAAUCCAGCCCACAGGCAGCUACUGGCAAUGUGGCAGCAUCCACCCAAUCCAAAUUUGGUUCUUCUGCUGAAUCCACUUUCAUUCCUGACAAUCGCCCGGCCGUUGCAAGCCAGUCCUACAAUCAAUACCCCGUUGGUGCAGCUCCCUUCUACAAUACUGGAUCUAACACAUUCGGAUACAACAAAUACAACCCAACUGCGUAUCCAGGCUACAGCUUCACUCCAUUCGGUGCCCAGGGACCAGUCAAGUCCGCUGAUGCGCCUGCUACAGUAGCCAAACCAGUAGGCAGCGAAUUCGUUUCAGCACCUUCUAAGGAAUCCAGCCCACAGGCAGUUACUGGCAACGUAGCAACAUCCAGCCAAUCCAAAUUUGGUUCUUCUGCUGAAUCUACUUCCAUUGCUGACAAUCGCCCGGCCGUUGCAAGCCAGUCCUACAAUCAAUACCCCGUUGGUGCAGCUCCCUUCUACAAUACUGGAUCUAACACAUUCGGAUACAACAAAUACAACCCAACUGCGUAUCCAGGCUACAGCUUCACUCCAUUCGGUGCCCAGGGACCAGUCAAGUCCGCUGAUGCGCCUGCUACAGUAGCCAAACCAGUAGGCAGCGAAUUCGUUUCAGCACCUUCUAAGGAAUCCAGCCCACAGGCAGUUACUGGCAACGUAGCAACAUCCAGCCAAUCCAAAUUUGGUUCUUCUGCUGAAUCUACUUCCAUUGCUGACAAUCGCCCGGCCGUUGCAAGCCAGUCCUACAAUCAAUACCCCGUUGGUGCAGCUCCCUUCUACAAUACUGGAUCUAACACAUUCGGAUACAACAAAUACAACCCAACUGCGUAUCCAGGCUACAGCUUCACUCCAUUCGGUGCCCAGGGACCAGUCAAGUCCGCUGAUGCGCCUGCUACAGUAGCCAAACCAGUAGGCAGCGAAUUCGUUUCAGCACCUUCUAAGGAAUCCAGCCCACAGGCAGUUACUGGCAACGUAGCAACAUCCAGCCAAUCCAAAUUUGGUUCUUCUGCUGAAUCUACUUCCAUUGCUGACAAUCGCCCGGCCGUUGCAAGCCAGUCCUACAAUCAAUACCCCGUUGGUGCAGCUCCCUUCUACAAUACUGGAUCUAACACAUUCGGAUACAACAAAUACAACCCAACUGCGUAUCCAGGCUACAGCUUCACUCCAUUCGGUGCCCAGGGACCAGUCAAGUCCGCUGAUGCGCCUGCUACAGUAGCCAAACCAGUAGGCAGCGAAUUCGUUUCAGACAGCGAGAAAGCUCCCGCAUCAACCGCAAACGAUGAGUCUCCAGCCAAAGCACCUUCUAAGGAAUCCAGCCCACAGGCAGUUACUGGCAACGUAGCAACAUCCAGCCAAUCCAAAUUUGGUUCUUCUGCUGAAUCUACUUCCAUUGCUGACAAUCGCCCGGCCGUUGCAAGCCAGUCCUACAAUCAAUACCCCGUUGGUGCAGCUCCCUUCUACAAUACUGGAUCUAACACAUUCGGAUACAACAAAUACAACCCAACUGCGUAUCCAGGCUACAGCUUCACUCCAUUCGGUGCCCAGGGACCAGUCAAGUCCGCUGAUGCGCCUGCUACAGUAGCCAAACCAGUAGGCAGCGAAUUCGUUUCAGACAGCGAGAAAGCUCCCGCAUCAACCGCAACCGAUGAGUCUCCAGCCAAAGCACCUUCUAAGGAAUCCAGCCCACAGGCAGUUACUGGCAACGUAGCAACAUCCAGCCAAUCCAAAUUUGGUUCUUCUGCUGAAUCUACUUCCAUUGCUGACAAUCGCCCGGCCGUUGCAAGCCAGUCCUACAAUCAAUACCCCGUUGGUGCAGCUCCCUUCUACAAUACUGGAUCUAACACAUUCGGAUACAACAAAUACAACCCAACUGCGUAUCCAGGCUACAACUUCACUCCGUUUGGUACCAAGGAAUCAACCGCUGACAAGGUUUCAUCCGAAGUUAAAGCGACUAGCUACGGAUCUCCUGCAGAAAGUGCAAACGCUACCAAUGGAUGCAAUAACGCCAAGAACACCUUCCACUUUUCAGCUUUUGGUUCAGUUUUUCCGUACACCACAGGCUACAAUGCCUACAACAAUGCCAUCGGAAACAAGUACGGACCCAACGUUCAUACCGCCUACCCAGGUUUCGGCAGCCACGACGGAAGUUAUCGAUACAAUAGUUUCUAUGGCAAACCUAAGAAUCACCAGGGUUACCAAGGCUACUUCGGUGCUGAUUAUCCUGCUCACCCCUUUGGAAAAAUUGCUGAUUCCCGCUUACCUGCCGGCGUCAAUCAACAGUACUACAUAGAUCACCCCACGAACGUACCUUACCUACCGUCCUUCCAGUCCCGUACUGGUGCUCUGACUCCAAUUCCAGCAACUUUUACGGAUACUAAACCAACGUCAUCAUCGAUUGAAUUCAACCGCGAAAAAUGA